GUGCGGAACCGGCUGGGCAUCGGCGGCCUACGGCACCGCAAUGCCACGGCGGUCGUGGCGCCGCGGCGGAGGGAGCGCGAGGCAACAGCGGAUCAUGAGGUCACGAUCUUGGUGUCAGAGCCCCUUCGUCCCGUGCUGGUUCUCAACCCGCUCUGGGAGAAGCCGACCGCCACAGUGGUCUUGCUGCAUGGCCUCCUUCAGUCAGGGCCCAUGCUGGAACGGCUGGCCAGGGGCCUCUCCAAAGGCCUCCCUUUCGCUCGCUUCGUGGCUCCGACGGCGCCAUCAAUGUCUUCGCUGUUUGGCUACGGACCUGCUUGGUUUGAUACCACGAAGCCUUCCGAAGGUCGACUGCCAGAACACUUGGAGGCCAGCGCUAAGGAGCUCAUCAACGUCCUUGAGACAGAGGCCAGUAUCUCUGGGGCCCCAACCCAGCGUCUGAUCCUCGUGGGCUUCUCGGCGGGCGGCGCCCUUGGCGCCUACGCAGCGCUGCGAGCGCCCUUUCGAGUAGGUGGUCUGGCGCUUUUGGGUUCUGCUGGCCUGGUGCCAUUGGGACGGGCAGCUGCAGGGCUCCGCACUACAGGAAUUCCUGCGCUGCAAUGUCAUGGGCAGGAGGAUCGUAUGGUUUCCGCUGCAACAGCGCAGGAAUCAGCCAACUGGCUCAGACGGCAGGGCUGCGAC